AUGAAGGAAGACAGGUCCGGGUGGUUUGUGAGGUGUCAAAGUGAUUUCAAUACUUUGGCAAAAGAUUUGCCGCCGAUGAUGAUGACUGUCCCGUAUAGGCAUUUUCUGAUUUCUGUGGCGACUGUGCUUCAAGGAGAAGAAGAAGAUGAUUUGAGUAUUGUCCUGAGUGUACCGGGGAGUGUUGUCCAGUACAAUGUCAAGGACAAGACCUCAAAGAAGCUCCGGGGCCUCCCAAGAGGAUUAAUUUUCAGUGAAUUUUCAUCACAAUACUUGAGUUUCAAAGCAUACAAGUGCAUUGAGACUGUUGCUAGCAUAUGA